AUGGCUACAGGGGGAGACUCAGAGGUGGAGAAAUUAAAAGGUACAUGGGAUUAUAUUGAUAAUGAAAAUUUUGAUGAUUUUAUGAAAGAACUCGGCAUAUCUUGGGUGGUGCGUACAGCAGCGAAAGCAGUCAGAAGCGAAAAAUUAAUUAUUAGUGAAAAUAAUGGAAAAUGGACAUUGCGAUCCGAAUCAACUUUUAAAAAUACAUCGUAUGAAUUUGUACCUGGAGUCGAAUUCAAUGAAACACGUGCAGAUGGAGCAGAAAUCAAAGGCACAAUAACGUUCAGUAAUGGUCGUUGGGUUCACAAAGCAGUUGACAAAGGCGGAAAAGUGGCCAUGAUUGAACGUUAUCUUGAUGAAGAAGGCCAACAGCAAGUGGUAAUGACAUGUGGUAAAGUCACAGCUAAACGUUGGUAUAAACGAGCUUAA